AUGGUUCGACGCGGAAGCAGCAGCUUGAAAGACUACAUAUAUAUACUCCGGUGCGGAAGAAGCAAAAAUGCUCCCAAACGAUUCCGAAUCUUCUCUCGCCCUGGCUUCCCGCUCUGUGCUUCUCGUUUAGUAGCCACGGUGGAAGCCAACGAACAUUCUGAUCCGGCAGUGGGCUCUCACGUGGUCCAUAACGCCGAUCUCGAUCGCAUUGCUGUAAGCCCCGUGACCCCUGAGAAAGUCGCCAGCCUGGCCCAGAAGAUCGACUUGCUGAGCAAGGCCUUCACGUCUAACCAAACCGCGGCUCGACUUCAACUCUUGAACGUCGCCGACUCUUUGCAAGCAUCUUUUGAAACGCCCUGCGAGACAAUCUUCAGAUACUGCUGGCGCAACACCACCAGCUUCGCCGUGAUCGAGCCCGCCAUCGAUCUCGGAAUCUUCCGCCAUCUCUCCCAAAAUGACCGACCGUUGUCUGUGGCCGAGCUGGCCACGGCCACGGGGGCUGAGAUUGUUCUGCUCCAACGAAUCAUGAACUCAACGCUGUGCACGCCGUCACAGAAACCGGCAAGGACGAAUACAUUUGCAACAAUUUUUCGCGGACGAUUGCCCGCACUCGCUACGGUGAUGCGUUUUCUGUAA